AUGCACACUCAGUACUUGAUCUUCGCUGCUAUUGCCUUGGUGGCAGCAAGGCUGCUAACCAUCGUCACCCAGACUCUCCUGUCGCCACUGCGAACAGUGCCAGGUCCCUUUUUGGCACGUCUCACUAACCUAUGGUAUCUCCAGCGGGUCAGGAACGGGUCCUUUGAAUGGGAAAACAUCGAGCUUCACAGAAAACAUGGACCGGUCGUUCGCGUUGCACCCAACAUGUAUUCCAUCGACGACCCGGACGUCAUCAAGGCCGUCUAUGCGAUCAAUUCCAGAUUUCCCAAAUCCGACUGGUAUGAAGGUUGGAAGCACCCAGAUCCCGAGAGAUGGUCGUUGUUCACCUUGAGAGACAUGAAAAAGCACAGCGAAGAACGACGCAAGUUUCAAGCGCUGUACUCGAUGAGUAGUCUAGUGCACUAUGAACCAUACGUGGACGAAUGCUUGGAGCUCUUCAAUCAACGUAUGACCGAAGUGGCGAAUGCUGGUAAGACUAUCAAUAUGGCUCACUGGGUCCAAUGCUAUGCGUUCGAUGUCAUCGCCUAUUUGACAUACUCGAAGCGAUUCGGUUUUCUGGAUACCGGUCUGGACGUGGACAGUCUCAUUGCGAUGUUGGAGGACGUGCUGAGGUACUCUACCUUGAUUGGUAUCUAUGCUCGAUUACACCCAAUUCUUUGGCCUAUCACGACUAAGAUCAAGGCCUCUGGUGCUGGCGCACCUCGCCUCAACUCUUGCAUCCAGAAGUGGAUGGAUGAAAAGACCGCUUCCCAGGAUGUUGAGAAGUUGACAGAGAGGACUGAGGACCAGACUGGGCCGCAAGACUUUCUGGAAAAGCUAUUGAUUGCCCACAACAAAGAGCCCGGGAAAGUCACCAAAUACAAUGUGUAUGCGGCAGGACUGAGUAACAUCACGGCAGGCUCUGAUACAACAGCAUCGACCAUUUCGGGGAUUCUAUAUCACCUCGUGAGGAACCCAGACAAGCUGCAGAGGCUGAGAGAUGAGAUCGAUCAAUUCGCGGCUGAUGGUAAGAUCAGUCGGCCCAUCCAGUUCAAGGAAGCACAGCAGAUGCCCUACCUACAAGCGGUGAUGAAGGAGGGCAUGAGAUGCCACUCAGCUGUAGGCUUGCCACUCUGGCGGGUGGUCCCUGAAGAAGGAUUGACCGUCUCUAAUCGUUUCUUUCCUGGGGGGACAGUUGUCGGUGUCAACGCAUGGUGUGCGCACUUCAACAAAUCCGUCUUUGAAGAUCCAUAUACAUUCAAGCCAGAACGAUGGCUUGAGGUUGAGAAGGAAGGUGGUGAUAGGCUCAGACAGAUGGACGGCUAUUAUCUUCCGUUCGGCCUGGGCUCACGCACCUGUAUCGGGCGACAUAUUUCUACCUUGGAGAUGUCCAAGCUGAUACCGGAGCUGCUUCGAUCGUAUGAUCUGGAGCUGGCGUCCAACAAGUCGUGGGAGACGACGAACUGGUGGUUUGUUAAACCCAAGCAAUUCUCCGUCAAGGUCAAGGUCCGGGGUGUGGCAUAG